ACGCUUGACGCUGACGUGCAACUACAACCUCAGUGGAACAGUGGAAAUUAUAGCAGCGGGGGCUCGGACACCGACACAAGACCCGGGAGUGUGGCCGGUUGUUGCUGCUUCCGUCACCGCCUCAUGACAGCAGCACCUUCGGGGGUGUGAUGCGCGAGACGCCCGGAGAGGCUCGGACACGGACAGCGCCAUUAACCCGGGUUAAAGCCUCUGUGGACCUGGCAGCCGUGAAGACUCGACCGACUUCAGACACGAGAAGAAGAAGAAGACCCUGCCUUGUUUUUAAAUGUCACUGUGUCCUGAAAACUGCAGACUUCAAAUCCAAGCAAUAGCACUUCAUUAGGCCACCACCAGGAGUGAGGGGGGAGAUACAGGCUUUAAACUACACUUCACCAAACAGACAUCAUGUCUUCCAGGGAGCGUCGAUCAGAUGUCUACAUAAAGGCAGAACCGAGUAGUCCAGAGGGAGGUGGGGGAGGCCGCACCAGCCCCGGUGGGGCCUCGUCAGACUCUUCUCAAAGCGGAACCAGAGGAGAUGGCACCAAACGUUACUCUCCGCCGCUGUACACACCAGCGCUGCGUUGCCACUUUAAAGACGAGGUCGGUGACGGAGCGGAGGAGGGCUCCGCCGGCAACGGUGCGGGGCGAUGCAAGUACGCUCUGAGCACGUUACCCAAGAGGCUCUGUUUAGUAUGUGGAGACGUGGCCUCAGGUUACCACUAUGGCGUGGCAUCAUGUGAGGCCUGCAAGGCCUUCUUCAAGAGAACCAUCCAAGGCUUCAGAACACGGUCAAUACAACCACACCAAGUUUAUACAGGUAACAUUGAAUACAGCUGUCCAGCAUCAAAUGAGUGUGAGAUCACUAAAAGGCGCAGAAAGGCCUGCCAGGCAUGCCGCUUCACCAAGUGCCUCAAAGUAGGCAUGCUGAAGGAGGGAGUUCGUCUCGACAGGGUCCGGGGUGGAAGACAGAAGUACAAGAGGCGCCCAGAGGUGGAGAACGCAACGUACCAGAAUGCCCCUCUACCACUGACAAAGGAGAGUGAAAAAGGUUCCUCCAACAUCAUUGUGUCCCACCUCUUAGUGGCAGAGCCAGAGAAAUUAUUUGCCAUGCCCGACCCCCUGCAGCCUGACACAGCCCAGCGGACGCUCACCACCCUUUGUGACCUUGCUGACCGCGAGCUGGUCGUCAUCAUCGGUUGGGCCAAACACAUUCCAGGCUUUCUGUCGCUCUCCCUAGCAGACCAGAUGUCUGUGCUGCAGUCGGUGUGGCUGGAGGUGUUGGUGCUGGGUGUAGCGUACCGCUCGCUUGGCUGCGAGGACGAGGUGGUGUUUGCAGAGGAUUUUGUCCUUGAUGAGGAGAUGUCACGCGUCGCAGGACUGACAGAGCUGAAUGGAGCAAUUAGUCAACUCGCUCGCCGUUUCCGUUCUCUAAAUGUGGACCGGGAAGAAUUUGUCAUGCUAAAAGCCAUCGCACUGACUAAUUCAGACUCUGUUUACAUCGAGGACAUGGAGGCUGUGCAGAAGCUGCGGGACCUUCUCCACCAGGCCCUGCUGGAGCUGGAAUGUCAGCGGCGCCCAGACGACCCCCAGCGGGCUGGACGCCUCCUUUUAACAUUGCCUCUCCUCCGACAAACUGCUGGUCGAGCUCUCACCACUUUCUACAGCAUCAAGACACGUGGAGGUGUACCCAUGCACAAACUAUUCCUGGAGAUGCUGGAAGCCAUGAUGGACUCUCCCUAGAGCCGUAAGCAGCAGACGUAAAGAGGAUGCUUGUAAAGACCCAACAGAGAUGUAAUCUUCAAGAGAGGAUGAAUCAGAGGACUGUUUUGGUAGAGAAUUAAAGAGAGAAAUGGUACUUUUUUAUCCUUUAGGCAACAUGAAGAAAGAAAAAGAAUAUGACUUGAGAAAAACCUCAUGUAUUGUCUCUAAGUGGGAAUGCGCUACUUAGAGUAAGAUGUAACUGCCAAACUUUUGUUCAAGGCUUCAAGAUCCCAGAGUGCAAACAUUUAACAUCAAUGCCAGAAUACUUCUCAGUUAUUUUCGCGGCGCGUUCCAUCACAGCAUCAGUCUGCAGUUGCAUAACCACUGAAGAACAACACUUACAGUAGGUACUGAGAACAGACUGCAGUCAUGUGGUUCCUGAACUUAAAAAAAAUACAUACUGCUACUGCAUCUACUCGUGAAAGCCAUGACAAAAUAUCCGGCAAGAGGACUUGAGGGUCCAGUAUAGUGUCAGAUUGAUGUGCACAUGGGGGUGCUUUUACUCACUAUACUUUAGUGUGCCGUUGUAGGCAAAUUCAUAGGAAUUACUUGCAAUAUGUUAAAAGCAAUAUAAUGACUUGAUUAUUGUCUGUCACGAAUUUAAAAUGUGGAUAAAUUGGUGAGACAUCUACGUGUGUGUGUGUGUGUGUGUGUGUGCGUGUGCGUGUGCGCGUGUUUGUGUGUGUGUGUGUGUGUGUGUGUGUGUGUAUAUCAGUAGUUCUCCACUCUCAGGACCCCAGGUGCUUUAGUCUAGUGGAGCCUGAUUUUGGUGGGGGGGUGUCGGGUGAGUAGACUUAGAAACCUUCAAAUCUUUUUAAAAAUGGCACUUUGGGGGUUGAAUACUGGAAUUGAGAACCACUGGUGUACAUAGUAGGUGCAGGAUUCUUUGUGUAAGGCUGUGCAAUUGAUUUGUAGUGCAGGGGACGUGCAUAUGAAGAUUGUGUGCUCGUAAAAAAGCUCAACUCGGAAGGUCAUAUGUUCAGUGUUGUAUGUAAGUCCUUUUGGCACAGAAAGAACUGGCCUCCAUACAAACAAGCGUGUGUGAACGUGUGCAGUCAAAACCAAUGAGCUACACUGAGAUCAGGGAAGAACACAGCUCUGACGUUAAAGCCAGUGUGGCAACAUUAGUGGUUAGAAAAGAAAUGCAUAUGCUUUUUUUUUUUUUUAUACUGUCCUCCACUAGAUCUAACCACUAUUUUUGUCUGUGUUGUUCAAAAAUAAUGGUCUGACCUGUUUGAAUUGUGGGCUAUGAUAUAUAACACUAACCCAUGUGUCUGAUUUUUUUUAGGUUUAUGAUGAGACUUUGCUGCUUUUUCUGCAGCAGUGAAGGUCAUUGCAUAAAAAGUUCCCGCCUUUGUGUAUGUACAUGUGUUGAACUUUAACUUGUUAGUGCCCGUCAAGGGCUCGAGGCAACAUGAAAUGCAACAUAUGCAACAUCUUCCUUUUUGGAUGUUGAAACCAUGUCCGACAACAUUCUUUAAGUCAUUAUUAUUCAGCAGGUUUGUAUACUUACAGUAUAAAGAAUCAUUAUAUUCAGCUUCACAUGCAAUGCAAAAGCUACAGAAUCUGAUGUCGAAAAUCAGAUCCCAAAAAAUAUUAAGUGUCCAAAGGGCCAUGAAUCUUUUAGCCAUGUACAGUUCCAUUCAAAUAGACAGAAACAUGCAGUUUAUAGUGAAAGAUAACAAAGCCAGCAAAUGUUAUUCUACAAACUCCCCCAGAGCAGUUAUAUUUGUGCCGCUCGCAGCGUGCACAAAUUUGUAAAGACUUGAAAACUCCUUUUUUCAUACAUGUUCCUUUCUAGGAUUUAAGGGUAUUUUAUUUACAUUUUGACACUGUUGUGGGUUUGGAAGGUUUCCAUUCAUGAUGUUUUUGAAUGCUUAUUAUUAUAUAUUUUUUUUCAUGUAAGCAGUUGUCAUUUAGGGAUCAAUUUACAUGGCUAUAGAUCCAGCUGCUUGGUGAGGCUACAGAGGGGCUACCUCAUGAGGAAGAGAACGUGGCCAAGUAACUGUGUGAACACGUGUUAAAUCUUCAUCCUGUCCAGUUCAAUUUGAAUAUUAGGUUUAUUAAAUGUCGUGCAGUUUGUGCUAAAGCCUGAGAUCAUUUGUCUUUGACUUGUUUUCAAGGUGUAUACGGCUGAUUAAUCUCACUUUAUAAGACACCCUGUGGUAAAAAAAAAGAAAAGAAAAAGGUGUCUACUGCUGUGGCGGCAACCUGACAGCUGAUGUGGUUUCCCCAGGAUUAAUGGUGCAGCUGGAAAACACUGGAGGUCACUUGCAGCAGUUCAAAUUGAAAACGGUUCAUUGUGUCUCACACAGCCACAGAUACGACUGAGCAGGGAUUGACCUAUCUGGCAAAAUGUGACUCUAAUUCUCCCAUCUGCUUUUUAUUUUCAUCGGUUACAGCUAAUACGAAACUUCUUUGGUCUGCGAUUUUGUUUAUUAACCUAAUUUCUCUAUUAGUGAUCAGAUAUCUGAAGCAAACAAAUAAAUAUAGCUCGAGCUUUUAAAACUUUUUCAUUUUCCUAAAGGUGAAUCUUUUUUUCAUUAGCUUACAAAUACAUUUUCGGUACGGUGGGUUACGGUGAAGAGGGGAUCAUUUGCAGUGACGCUGUUCAAAUUAUACAGUCAUUUGUAGUUUCUAUUAAAUAUGUGUGCAUUAAUAUAAAUGAGCAAUACAAUAAAUUACCAAACCUCACACAUUUCCUUGUAUAGCCACAGUGUACAUUUAACAUUGCCAGUUAUAAAGAAGAAUAGCUACUUAACGUUAUAUUAUUUAGACGUUCGAAUCAAUGUUUGUAUUUUGAAAGACUAUUUAAAUGAUUAAAUUCUAUUUUUUACUCAA